AACGAGGCGCCGCAGAUUCGUAUCCGCAGCAGCAGCAGAAGCACUUUUUGUCUGAGCGCUCGUCUGCGACGCAAACGCCGCCGGUAUUUAUCGCACUCAGACGGAUUUGAUGUGAAUUUUCUCCUUCCGGAACGAGCGGGAAUUAUAAAUCACGUGAGACCCGAGGAGCCGGAGAUGCCUCCACUGAGGGCCAAGAAGCCCGCGGCCACUGCGGGGGCCAAGGGGCCCAGACCGCACGCGACCACCACUGAGAACCAGGAGGAAGGCGCGCAGGUGAAGCGGUCCUCGUCGCCCCCCCACGGAGCCCCCAAGAAGAGGACUGCGUUCAUCGACAUCACCAAUGCUCAUAAGGUCCAGAUCAGCUUCCCGGGGAGGAGGAAGAAGAAGGAGGCGACGAAGAAGCCGCCAGCGAGGAAAGCGAGCGCCCCGUCGUCGGUGGCGACGAAGAACCAGGCCAACCUGAAGAAGUGUUCGUCGGAGAGCUCUGAGGAUGCGCCGGCUGAGCGGGAGACCCCUGAGGAGGAGGAGGAGGAGGUGGAGGAGGAAGAGGAGGAGGAGGCAGCUGCGGCCCCAGUAGAAGAGCUGGUGGUUGCAGCGCCCCCUGCUGGCGGGGAAGUGCCGGCUCACCUCCAGAAGCAACACGUCCCGGCCGAGUUCGACAUCGACUCUGAGAGCUCCGAGGACUGUUACAUGUGUCCCGAGUACGCCAAGGACAUCUUUGACUACCUCAAACGAAGAGAGGAGAAGUUCGUCCUCUGUAACUCCAAGUCCCGGCAGCCAAGCCUCAACCCGGGGAGGAGGGCCCUCCUAAUCGCCUGGCGGGUGGAAGUGCAGGAGAACUCUGAGCUGUACCACGAGACGCUGUACCUGGCCGUGAAGAUGACGGACCACUACCUGGCCAGGACGCCGGUGGACCGGGAGCUGCUGCAGCUCGUCGGCUCCACCGGGAUGGUGGUGGAGGCCCUGAAGCAGGCUGGAUCUGAGUGGACCCUUUGUGUUCUCAGGGUGUUCUUCGAGGUGGCCUCCCUGCCGUUGGUCAGCGGCGACCUUUUGGAGGAAGCGUUAUCUCAGUGAGACGGGGGGAGAAGACGCAGCCCGGCCAGUCUGUACAUAACGAUGUUAAUAUGUUAAAUAUUUAUACGUGUUCUCUGCUGUCUUCUAUAGAACGGUGGAAAUAAACCUUUUUAAUUCCAGUUUGUGGUGGAAAAGAGUUGUUCUGCAGACUUUUGUUGUGCCAGUUCUGUUAAAGUUGUUUUUAAUGGCUUUUAUCGUGUUGCAUUCUGAAGACGCAGUUAUUUUGGCAUUUAUUUUUUUUAAAAGAACUUUUAAUAAGAGGAUACAAAGGAAAAGAAAUCUGUAAUUACGAAGAUGGUUCACGCUUCCUCUCAGUAAAGGUUUACUUUUUACUGAUGAAUUAUGCGCCAGCCCAAACAUUUAAAUAGGUUUUCAUACAUUGUUAAAGUUGUGUAUUUCCAUACGUUGUACAGUGUUUAUCAUGUUAAUAUCACUAUGCACAUUAUUUGUAUAAAAGACGACCAGAUGAUGCUAUUUUUAAAUGGCUGUCAUGCGUGCUCUUAAAAUAAAGUUGUUUUUUUCCGUUCUUUUGA